ACUACGUGGCACAACGAUCAAAGUGCAUUUUAUUGUUUACGCUAAUUAGAAAAAUGAAAGUUUAGAUCAUCGAAUAAUUGAUAAUAUUUGAAAAAAGACAAGUCACACAUUACUUAAAGUUGCUCUAAAGAGUAAAUUAAUGAUAUUAUUAACUUUAUAAAAAUUUUUUGUUGAUCAUAUGUUAAACAAAACUAUGGCCCCACCAUCGAAAAUUCGUAAAUUGGAAAUGGAAUUUGGCUCUGGUAAUGAAGAUUCAGUAUGCCAAGCUUUUCUCGAAAUAGAAAGAGCACAAGGUGAAAAGUUAAUGAAAGUGGACUACAAACCUCAAGUUUCUUAUGUGUAUAAUCCUCUAGAAUAUGCUAGGGAACCUCACGAAGACUACAUAAAAAAGUAUUGUAAAGGUCGGAAAGAUGUUAUUUUUUUAGGAAUGAAUCCGGGCCCUUUUGGAAUGGCCCAAACAGGUGUGCCAUUUGGUGAAGUUGCAUAUGUGCGUGAUUGGCUGAAGAUUGAGGGGGUUGUAGGAAAACCACCACAAGAGCAUCCAAAAAGAGUAAUUAGCGGUUUUAGCUGUACAAAGCGUGAGGUUAGUGGAUAUCGAUUCUGGUCAUUCUUCGAAGAAACUUGUGGAACUCCGGAGAAGUUUUUUAAACGCUGUUUUGUGCAUAAUUAUUGUCCACUAAUUUACAUGACAGAGAGUAGCAAAAAUAUAACUCCACCAGAACUGAAAGGCCCAACAAAAACAGCUGUGACUGAAAUUUGUGAUGUAGCUUUUGUUGAUGUGGUGAAAUUAUUAAAACCCAAGAUUGUGAUUGGAGUUGGAAAGUUUGUAGAAAGCAGAGUUACCAAAGUACUCAAAACUGGUGGUAUUGACAAUAUAAGGGUUUCUGCUAUUAUGCAUCCAAGUCCUGUUAAUCCAUUAGCAAACAAAGGCUGGAAAGAAACUGUUACCAAACAAUUGUCUGAACUUGGUGUCUUAGAUUAUUUUGAUAAGAAGUAAAACUUUUCAGUUAUUUUGUUUAUUCAUCCAAUACUCUUAAACUCCAACUAAUUGAACAUACUAUAUAUAUAAAGAACACCCAGGGGUACCAAAACCUUAGAACAGAUUUACCACACAAACUUUAAUAAUUAUUCUCAUGCUUUGUACAAAAUAUUAUAUGUGUUAGAAAAUUUGGUUGGUUUUAGCUAGUCAAUCAUGCUAAGAAGUUUUCUAGAGACGGGGACUUUAUAACAUUGAAAAAAAUGUUAGUGAUUAAUUAAAUUACUUCUAAUUUUUAUCUUCAUUAGUAUUAUCUUAAUAUUACUUAACCUGUUCAGGGAUCAAAAUGUCUAGUUAGUGUUACAGUUUUGCUAGUAAAACUUAGAAGGCACUAGAAAAAACUGCUAACACACAUAUCAGAAGGAAGAUAAUUGUUACUGACAAGUAUCAAUAGACGCAAGACUCUGAAUACAGGUGGUUACUGUAAUAGUGAUAAAAUUAAAAAGAUUAUUUGACUUGCUGGUUUUAAAAUUCACGUUUGAGCUGCAGGGCAUGCCCAGGCCAGGCAUAAGGAAAUGGUGAUAGUUCAACUCAUCUGAUUGGUUGGCAAGGCAAUUAUCACAUGAGCCAUACAGACUCGCACCAUCUGGUCUCUGCAGUGUGGUUAGAAAUACUGUGCCCAUGUGGUUGCUUAUUGAAGGCAAUAAUAAAACUGAAAACAUGUAAAUUGAAGGCAAGUUUUCAACAUUCCUCUUAAUGUUUCCUUGAUUAAAACAAAUGUUAGGCCUACUGCUUUUAAUGUUUAGUCAGCUUUCUGUAUUUAAACAGUAACUUUUAAUAAUAAAAUACAUUUUAGUAUAGGGUCUAUCAACAGCGGGAUAUUGUAGACUGUCAAUCAAGGCACUCAUGGCCUAGAUACACAAGUUUCUGCCCAAAUGAAACAUCUUUUAACAUUUGUGAAAUAAUUUAAAUACAAAACUUGUAUGUAAUCAAAAUGAGUUUUGACAUUCAAAAAUAUUUAAAAAAGGACACAUGACAGAAGGUUUAUACAUAUAAAUACACAUACUGAUUAACAGUUAAUGAAAUAAUUGAAUACUAUGACACAGUUAGUUAAAAUAAUGUUGCUAACAGCAGUCCUGAAUCAACCAUUUGCUGAUGCCUUCAAAGGUCAAGGCCUACAAUUGUUUGAAGUUUUUUUUUUGUUUUAAUUAGAAAAAAUCUUAGUAUAAUAUGUUUGUCUGUUUACACUUGGGUGAGAAAGAUGAUGGUUUAUUUUGUUGACAGGUAUUAUAUCUUUCUGAAAUGUAGGAUUAAUAUUGUUGUCAAGGUUAAUACCUAAAUAAUCAACUUUGUUUACUAAAUACUUCAAGAGCGUAAUUUUCCUGGUGACAUAUGGCUUUUUUUUUUAAUCCAAGAUCAAACAAGUGAUAUAAGAAUAAAACUCCACGUUUAUCAAAAGUCCUGUCACCUAGAGUUGUGUAACCUGUAAAUACACACAGUCUGGCUUUUAUGUCAGUAUGAAUAAUUUAUUUGUGACUUAAAAUAUGAGGUCGUUUGUCCAGUUUUUAAGAAAAACUUGUACAUAUUUUAACACAAUGGUAACCAGAAUCCUACAUAUGGAUGGUCCAAAGUUAACAUUUAUUUUAUGUACAAGGAUAAAGAAAUUUAGCAUUUUUAAUAAUAAAAAUCAGUCCUGUGUUCAGCUGAAUAAAAUUUCUAUACAUUUUCAA